GCCGCCAUCGCGGGGCCGAACAUCCGGCUCAUCCUCAUGAACAUCAACCCGUCGGAGCGGCGGGGCACGGUGUUCUCCGCAUUCACCCUCUGCGACGACCUCGGCAAGGGGCUCGGGCCCACCGUGGUGGUUACAUUGGUGUCCAUCUUCGGGCGGCGGUCCGCGUUCACGCUGGCCUUCGCGGGCUGGUGGGUCAGCGCGGCGGUGCUGCUGGCGCUGCGCGGCUCGCUGGCCGGCGACGCGCAGCGCGGCGGCGACAGCCUGCUGCCCGGCAAGAGGAUGUAG